UGAACCUUUUCUUGGAUGAAUGUUACCUGGUACAGGGGUUCGGGGCUCUCAGGAGCCUCCCGGCGCAGCCACAGCUCGCGAGCUCAGCGGGGCAGGUCUUCCCGCGACGUUCCCAGCGAGCGGCCCAGGCGCCGGCUGGAGGGGCGUCCCGCAAUAGUCCCAGGGUGUCCGAAGGUAUUUACCUCCAUUGCUGGACCAUGGCCUAAAGCUGUCAGUGCUCAAGCAACUGCUGUCAACUCCAAGGCAUUGAGAUUUCGUAAGAACAUUACCAAAAGGGAGACGGGGUGCUGGGAAGAUCAGCAUGGUGAGAAGAGAGUCUGCUGUCAGCCAUGUCCUGCCGGCACACGGAAGGAGGGUGACUGCGAAUCUGCGGGGGGUGAGUCAAAAUGUGUGCCCUGCCAGGACGGGAUGGAGUACAUGGAAGAGAAGCAUUUUUCGGAUAAAUGCAGAAGAUGUCGAAUUUGUGAUGGAGAGCAUGGGUUGGAAGUGGAGAGAAACUGUACCCGGAGCCAGAACACCAAGUGCAGAUGUAAACCAAACUUUUUUUGUAACAUCUCUGGAUGCGAACAUUGUACCCCAUGCACCACGUGUGAACAUGGAGUCCUUGAGAAUUGCACACCAACCAGCAACACCAAAUGUAAAGAAGGAGCCAGCUCCAGCUUUCUGUGGUUUUGUGUCCUAAUCCCGAUUCUAAUCGUUGCGCUAAUAUGUUGGUGGUGGUUGAGAAGGCACCGGAAUAAAAAGACUGAAGACCUGGAAUCCAAACCUUCAAUUACUGAAAUGAUGCCAAUACAAUGCGCAGACGUCGACCUGAAUACAUAUAUAAGUAUUAUUGCUGAACAAAUGAAAAUAACUGAAGUCAGAGAAUUUGUUCGGAAGAAUGGGAUCAACGAAGCCAAGAUAGAUGAGAUUAAGAAUGAUAACCUCCAAGACACAGCAGAACAAAAAGUCCAACUGCUGCGUAAUUGGUACCAACUCCACGGGAGGAAAGAUGCUUAUUACGAUUUACUUAGAGGCCUCAGAAAAGCCCAUCUUUGUGAACUAGCAGAGAGAAUUCAAGAAAUGAUCCAGGACAGUACUAGCUAACUUGAAAAUGGAAACUUCAAACUAUGAAAAGAAAAGAUAAACCUUGGCCAAAAGCAAAAAGAAUGUAGUAUAACUCAGCCCUGAGCAGAGAGAAGUCGAUAGAAAGAAAAAUUAGG